GUACAGAUCUCCAGAGAAGAGAAGGACAAAUUGAUGGCACAUGCUGUCAUUGAGUAUCAAGCUGAGCUUGACAAGCAGCCAUGUGAAAAGAAACAUGGACUCCAACAAGUUUGUAUUGACAUUCAGAAGAUACAUCUCAAGGAAACAGGGCAAGUGAUUACACUUAGCCAUGUUACUCUCAGUCAUCUCACCAAAGGAGGCAUCAAUCUCAGCAAGUUUAACAGCUCAACAAAGAGAUGGUUGACAGAAGGCAAAGAAGAAACUGUCAUUGACUACAUACAACAAAUGGCUAUGAGAGGUUUUCCUUUGAACCACAAGAGGCUCAAAGAACAUGUCGAUGAAAUUUGUCAAGCACAGCUUGGUGCAGCUUUCCCUAAAACUGGAGUAGGGAGAAAUUGG